GCAGCCCUUUGCUGGCAGACAUCAUGUGACGGGGGAGGGGCCGACAACCAGGAAACACACCGCUGUUGCAAGUCACAAGAAAAGCUCUCCGUCAUGGCCUACCAGGCUGGGAUGCAAGAGGAGCCCAGCGCUCUGGUCCACAACAUAAGCACCAACAUCCAGAAGCUCACACUGCUAACCUCGGAGCUGCAGAGGGCAGUUUCUCAGCUGGGAACGGAGCAUGACAGCGGCCAGCUGCCUCAGACGCUGCAACAGAAACAGCAGCAAGGCAACCAGCUAGCGAAGGAGACUGACCGACUAAUCAAAACAUUCAGUGCACUUCCUGUUGGCACUGAUCAGCGGCAGAGAAAGCUACAGAAAGAGCGUCUGGUGAACGAGUUCUCCGCCGCUCUGAACAGCUUCCAGAAGACCCAGCGGCAGGCGGCCGACAAAGAGCGAGAGUUUGUGGCCAGAGUUAGAGCCAGCUCCAGGGUGUCGGGAGGACAGCCUGACGACAGCUUCGGAAAUGUGCCUGCUUUUCUUAAUGAUUCCCAGGUGCAGGCUCAGGCCGAGGCCAUCACUGAAGACGAUCUGAGGCUGAUCCAGGAGAGAGAGUCGUCCAUCAGGCAGUUGGAGUCGGAUAUCACAGAUAUCAAUGACAUCUUCAAGGACCUGGGGAUGAUGGUCCACGAGCAGGGAGACAUGAUAGACAGUAUAGAAGCCAAUGUGGAGAGUGCAGAUGUGAAUGUCCAGAAUGCGACCCAGCAGCUGUCACGUGCUGCAGACUACCAGAGGAGCUCACGGAAGAAGAUGUGCAUCAUGGCGAUUGUGUUGGUUGUAGUUGUUGUUAUUGUUGCACUCAUCAUCUGGGCUUCUGUCAAACAAUGAAGACUUCUUCCUCCUCUCCUCCGCCUCUCCUGGUUAGUCAUCAACCUGGAUAAAGCAUGAAGCACCGUUCUUCCUCUCCUCCUCUUCCUCAUUCCCCCCCACCCCACACACACACACACACACAAGGGGGAAUCAUUGGGACUGUCAGUCUUUCUUUGACUUUAUUGUAGUUUUAAGAUGUAGCUGUCCUCAUUGACAGGAUUGCACACUCCGUCACUGUGAAACCCAAACCAGGGGUGAGGGUUUUUUAUUGUUAUAACCAGCUUUAAUUGUCUGAUUUAGGCAUGAUUUACUUUACGGGAAAGCUUUAAUGUUUGAGUCCUCACCAGAUUUUCAAAGGGGAGGUGUAAACACAGGUGGAGUAAUGCUGUGUUCUGUGGCAGCCCAGUUUGCUCAACCAGCCCUGAAUGUUGAAUAAGACACAGUUCAGACAAUGCUUCUGGGUGCAAUGGAGCAGCAAGUUGCCUUAGGCAGGUAAGAGGCGAUAAACCUUCAGAUCAGUUCCCUCUUUUUUAAUCUUAUCACCUCCCUUAUUUAACGAUAUAAUUCAUUAAAAUGUAUUGUUGAUUUCUAUACAAAUUCAUGUCCUAUACUUGUAUUCUAAUGAUAAUUAUAUAAGUGCCAUAUAUAGCCAUACUAAAUCUUGUGACUAGGACCAUAUAAUACACUCCAAUACGCCACCAGUCAUUCCAAGUAAUUAGAAGAUUUUGGUCUUACUUCACGUCGGUAGUUUUUUUUUCCUAUGUUUUUUUUAUUUUUAAGCUAAGAGAAGUUGAAUGGAUGUCAAGUAAAGACAUUUUUAUUAAAUUGAAUCACAUGUCACAUCACAAAAAGAAUGUAAUUACAACAUGUGAUCGUUAAAUAUGUGUUUUAUGGUUGUUGUUUUUUCUUUUUUUAACCCUACUAUAUUUAGGUACGCUUGUUUUGAAGGCUAUGCACGCCACACAGGUAUUUUCAAUUAUCUGGCUGAUUAGAGCUUGAUACAGUUCGAGGAUGGGCCAUAGCUACAAUCAAUCGUGGUCCAGAGGAGAGGUCUUACAAUCCAAAUUAAGCAAAAACACCUGCGUGGGUGCUCUACUAAUUGAAAAGUUAUUUCAGUGAAUGCCAAACCACAGUAACCAUCGUCAUCUCUUUAUUUUUAAUCUGGAGGGAACCAUAUAUGUAACUGAAAGCAAAGUGAGUGAGAGCAAACACUAAUUAUUAUUUGCUACAACCAUUUGACCUAUAUGUAAAAUUAUGAUCAUCUGUAUAUUUUAAAUACUGAGAUUACGCUGCCUACAGUAUGCUGAAUAAAUUGAGUGAGAACAUUUUUUUUUCAUGCUGAUCUGUUAUUCUGAUGUUAUUCUUAAACUAAAUUCUGAAUCAUCAUUGAAAGUUCUUUUUUCUCCCCCAAAAAAAAUGUCAUCCGAGUCUAGUCUUUUAUGUUUGUGCAUGACUAUUAUUCU